AUGUUGAACUACAAGGAGACUAAUCCACUACGGCCAGUCUUCGACAAAAUUGAACUCGCUUAUUUAUGUUUCGUUUCAAAACUACAUAAGGAAGAAACUCCACUGCGCCCGAUUGUACCAUCAAUGAAUACGCCAACAGCUGGCAUUUCCAAAUUUCUUGAUCGAUUACUUCGACUGUUAUUUGAUAAACAUGUUCGUUCAACUUCAAUUAUCGACGGUGUUGAUCUCAUUCGUCGUCUCGAAACGUACACGACAAAUGACUAUCCACAACCAACAACUCAUUUGUGCACAUUCGAUAUCAAAGAUUUAUACACUAUGUGA